AAAAAUCAGUUCAACUUCGGCAUUCGAACAGUUCAGUUCAUUUCGGGAAAUCGUAUAAAAAUUGUGCAAAUUAAUAUAUCCAAAAAAAAGAAUUAAAUAUAACUUAAUCAAACAGUGCACAAAUAUAAUUAGUUAAUGAAUAAAAUGUUCUCCAAUCAUGUAAUUGUGGCAGCCUUGGCCUUAUGUGUAGUGGCUGUACGCGCCGAGAAAAUCGCACCUAUACAAGCUAUAGCGUAUCUUGAUGAUCCAGCAGGUGUUUCCCAAGUAAAGGGAAACAUUACAUUCACACAAAAUGCUUGCGGUGAAAAUGUUUACAUUCGUAUUUAUGUCACUGGACUCACACCUGGUAAACACGGAUUCCAUGUGCAUGAGAAAGGCGAUUUGACUAAUGGCUGCUUAAGCACCGGUGGACAUUAUAAUCCAGAUAAGAUUAUUGAAUGCCGUAUAAAUGAUUUGAAGUAUGAGGAAAAUUAA